AUGUCUAUUAUUGUAAAAACAUGUUUUUUAGGAGAUCCACAAACUGGAAAAACUACGAUUAUUGAACAAACACAACAUCGAGGACCUCUUGAUGAUGUUUAUGUUGCUACUGUUGGUGUCGAUUUUACAGUAAAGAUGUAUAUAAUUGACAGAGUAAUGAUAAAAGCACAAUUUUGGGAUCUUUCUGGUCAAGAACGAUUCAGAAAUAUUUGUAAUGCAUAUCUUAAUAUUAAUAUUAAGACAAUCUAUCGUAUUGUUUUAUGUGUAUUCAGUUAG